ACACUCUGAACUUGACGUUUGGCUCCGGCUUCACCGCUUCCUGCUGCAUCCGCCGAGCUACAUCGCCCGAGCCUAGAUCAUAUACCUAAACUACAUGUCAGAUGAUGCGCUGAGGGUGGCUUUUAGCAAAGACCACCCGCUAUGCAGUUCUGGGGCUCAGUUGGAGUUUCUCAGCUGUCAGGUUUAUAGGAUAAACUAAGCUCCUACCAGGAAGCGGAGGAAAAAAAAAAAAAAGAACUGAAAGCAGACAGACAGGAGGCCACGGUUCCCCCUCACACACGCAUACUCAUCACCACGGUCUUGAUGGUGAUGUAUGCAAGGAAACCAGCAAGAGUCAGCGAUGGGUUCAACGACAGAAGGGAUUCACAAUCCUAUCAGGCCCUCAAAUCCCGGCCAAAGAGCCAGUCUAUCCAAAAAUGAUCUCAUCACACAGGCCCAUAAAUCCCAGCCAAAGAGUCAGUCCGGUAGCCUGUACCGCUAUGACAAGGUGCGGGACGGCUUAUCGGAUCCCAUCCCUCCUUAUAAGGUACUGCGACGGUCGGAUGAAAGUCCCGUUAGUAGACAUGGCGACAAUGCCGGACAUAGCAAGGCCCGAGUCUCCCACAGUGUUCGAGGAAAGAAUGGCACCAGCGGCUCGCCUCAGGAGGCUUCCCACAACAACAGCGCCCAGCAUGGCGCUGACCCUCAUGCUGCUCAGAGCAAGCCUGCAGACAGGGACCCAGCAGACGACUGGACCGAACACAUUAGCUCUUCUGGGAAAAAGUACUACUACAACUGUAGGACUGAGGUCUCCCAGUGGGAGAAGCCCAAGGACCUGCUGGAGAGGGAACAACGUCAGAAAGACACGACCAAGAUGGCAACGAACAGUUUCCCGAAAGACAUGGAUUACCGACAAGAGGCCUUGCAGGACAAAGCUGCAUCCAAGCCGACGGCAGGAGAACAGUCUACCCCCUCAAGCUCCAGCCACUCCUCCUCCUCCUCUUCCUCUUCUGCUCAGAGCCUAAACUCUGCUGCUGCUUUAGGUUCUGCCCCCUCCAACACCUCAUCAUCAUCAUCCUCCUCUUCCUCGUCCGCUUCGGGCCAGGCUUCUGCAUCCGUGUUGUCGUCUGCGCUGCUCCAGGACCCGGCGCUGCUGCAUCAGCUUCUGCCGGCGCUGCAGGCGACGCUGCAGAUGAACAACGGCAGCAUGGACGUGGCCAAACUCAACGAGGUCUUGACAGCUGCUGUCACUCAAGCUUCCCUGCGGUCUGUGCUUCAUAAGCUCCUCGCUGCUGGACCUGCUUUCAACGUCACUGCUCUGCUCGCCGCCGCUCAGCAGACCAAUCAAGCUCAGCAUUCGAGUCCAUCCCCGGUCUCUUUGGCGACCGACUCGUCAUCACCGCGGCCGUACCUUUCACCCCGGAAUGGCGUACCCCAGAACACCCAGAAGCCCCCUCUGGGCAUGCACGCUGCCAGCAUCACAUCCACACAAACCAGGGGCAGUAUGUCUUCAGGAAAACAAGGAGCAGCUCCCUUUUCCCAGACAACAGAAAAGCGUCCUGAAGACCCCAGAACUCUGCAGCAGAGAAGCAGCCAGGAGCUUCUGUGCACAGGAUCUAGUGUAUCGAGUGGCUCACUGCCUCUCGCAGCAUCCAGCAGCCACACUCAACUCGAGGCUCCGGGCUCCUUCACUCCCUCCCUGGCUGCUCAUUUUGAUGACAACCUCAUCAAACAUAUCCAAGGGUGGCCUUCAGAGAACACUGAAAAGCAGGCGGCUCGGCUGCGCGAGGACUUCUAUAACAUGGGCAGCCUGUACAUGUCUGAAAUCUGCACAGAGAUGAAAAACCUGCGCUCCCUGGUCAGAGUGUGUGAAAUUCAGGCCACGCUGAGGGAACAGAGGAUCCUGUUUCUGAGGCAGCAAAUCAAAGAACUGGACAAACUGAAGAAUCAGAACUCCUAUAUGGUUUGAGGACCUAAGAAGAGAAGGUUUUGCAUGGUCGGAGGAAAUCAAUAAGCAGAAGAAGAAUAAACACGGACAGCAGGCUGCUGCAGAGCAUUUAUUCUCUUUGCUUUGGCCACCAACAAGUCUUUUUUUCUUUUUCUUUUUGUCUACUUGUUUUUAAUCCCCCCCCCCCCCCCCAUCCACCACAUUAACCGCCUUUUCUGAAAAAAGGCCAGCCUGACAGUACAUCUACUGUCACCAGGCGUACACAGAGGACCUGAGGCUCUUUACAAACGGCACCUUCUGAAUCCACAACGCUCGGAUUCUGUCUAAUAUAUUGACUCAAGUUGUUUUCAGGUGUGUUUUUGUGUGUAGUGGUGAGAAAGAGAUUCAGUAUGACCUAAAAUCCAUCUUAUAAUCUGUGUGGACGUUCUUUGAAGGGGGGGGUGGGGAGUAGGACAUGCUUGUUUACUCGCAGAACUUUUGAUAUAUCUGUCAUGCAUAGAAAUGUCUGGAGUCAUUGCGGUGAUGCAUCAGUUACUUUGCAUUUUACUUGUAAAUUGUUUUGCCAUCCAAUAGUUUUCAAGCCUGCUUUGUUUUUGUUUUUUCACAUAAAAGAAAAGAAAAAAAUCAAAAGAAACAAAGAGACUUCAAAUCUUUAGUUUUUACUUUAAUGAGAACUUUUUUUUUUUUUUCCUGUUCCAGUGAUACAAAUUCACUUCAAGUUGUGUUAGUGCACUACAGAAUUUUUCACGCCUUUUUCGGGCCCGCCAGUUUGGGAUUUGACUCUGCUUUUUGUGCGCCAAUGUUUUUGUUUUUUUUGCUUGCCCACUAGCUUUUUGUGAAAUUAUUAGAAAUAUUACAUUCCUUUUACUAACUUUUCUUCAAAAAAAAUUAAGUUAUUGUCAAAUGUAAAUCAGAUUAGUUUUUUUUUUUUUUUAACAGAAGGAAUCACUCCUCUGCCCCUCUAGUAUUUCUGCAUCUGACUUCAGCCACAAUUGGUUGUCAACUUUUCCCCCAGAAUCCAGUUUAACUACAGUUGUACACUCCAGCUUAUAUCAGAUUUUUUGUCUCUUCUUUUUGAACCUUUGAAUAGUUUCCAUCAGAUCAGAGGUGCACUCUUCUUUUAGGGAAGGGAGGGGAGAGGGAUCAGGGUUUGGAGGCUUUGUAUUCCAUAAAAUAUGUGAAUAAAUGCUAUAACACAG